UACAGCUGAGUUUACGACUCACACAUACAAGAGCAAUGAACGGUCCGGUCGACUCGGAUUAUCUGACAUGCAUUAUGUGAUUUUUUCCGAAUUUGAACACCUUUUCAGAAUACGAACCGUUACAAUGUCACACACUGAGUUUGAGGUAGCUGGACGCGGCUUCCCAAGCCUUUCGGUCGAACUGAACGAUGACUGCUUAUCUGGCCGGGUCCCGUCGAUGCCACUGAGGAACAACUUGGGUGGCAGGAGAAACUCUUAUGGACUUCACAAAAUUAACAUGGACAUCGACCCACAAAUCUAUGGUGGGACGCUUUCAAAGGCUCUUUCCGGAUCCGCGGAGAAUAUUUUAACUUUGACGGAGGCCAGAGUUGAGGAGGACGGCAAAACGGAGACUCCGCCGGCGUCUCCAUCUCCGGUCUCCAUCCCGGGCGCGAGCAUCACCGGCAGCAAGUCCCCCUGUACCCAAGUCAAGGACCCGGUCACCCCUCUGGUGAACAACUGGAGCUCGAUCCAGAGCCCUAACAGACAAGAUGCCAGCUCGGACUCAGACAAUGAGCUUGUUCAAAAUAAACCACACAACGUGUUGUCACGCAGUCCGUAUGAAAGCAAAUGGGAACAGGAGGAGAGGGAGGACAUUGAGACCAAAGCUGUGGCCACCUCACCUGAUGGAAGAUACCUGAAAUUCAACAUUGAGAUUGGGAGGGGUUCGUUUAAGACGGUUUAUAAAGGACUGGACACAGAGACUACUGUGGAAGUGGCAUGGUGCGAGCUGCAGACGCGUAAGCUGACCAAGGUGGAGCGGCAGAGGUUCAGCGAGGAGGUGGAGAUGCUGAAGGGGCUGCAGCACCCUAACAUUGUCCGCUUCUACGACUCCUGGAAGGACAACUCCAAGGGCCUCAAGUGCAUCCUGCUGGUCACCGAGCUCAUGACAUCAGGCACCCUCAAAACGUACCUGAAGAGGUUCAAGGAGAUGAAGCUGAAGCUGCUGCAGCGCUGGAGCCGUCAGAUCCUGAAGGGGCUCCACUUCCUCCACACCCGCACCCCUCCCAUUAUCCACAGGGACCUCAAGUGUGACAACAUCUUCAUCACCGGCCCCACCGGCUCCGUCAAGAUAGGAGACCUGGGCCUAGCCACACUCAAAAGUGCCUCCUUUGCUAAAAGUGUCAUUGGUACCCCAGAGUUCAUGGCUCCAGAGAUGUAUGAGGAGAAGUAUGAUGAAGCUGUGGAUGUCUAUGCCUUUGGGAUGUGUAUCCUGGAGAUGGCCACCUCAGAGUACCCCUACUCCGAGUGUCAGAACGCUGCCCAGAUCUACCGCAAAGUCACCAGUGGGAUGAAGCCAGACAGUUUCUACAAAGUCAAGGUCCCAGAGCUCAAAGAGAUCAUCGAAGGAUGUAUCCGGAUGGACAAAGAUGAAAGGUACACCAUCCAGGACCUGCUGGAGCACACAUUCUUUCAGGAGAACAACGGCGUCCAUGUUGAGUUGGCUGAGGAGGACAACACGGUGAAGUCAGGCCUGAAGCUGUGGCUCCGCAUGGACGACACCAAGAAACUCCAUGGGAAGUACAAGGACAACAACGCCAUUGAGUUCCUGUUUGAAAUCUACAAGGAUGUGCCAGAGGAGGUGGCGCAGGAGAUGGUAGUGCUGGGCUUCGUGUGCGAGGCCGACUUCAAGCUUGUGGCCAAGGCCAUUCGGGACCGCAUCAACGUCAUCAAGCGCCAGCGUGACAAACUGCGCCGCCUUGCAGAGAAGAAGAAGCAGGAAGAGGAGGAGCCCAAGCCUACACUGCAGCCGCCCUCCCUGAAAAUCAACAGGUCUCCAUCAAAGCCCCAUCAGAGCCCCAUAAGCGUCCAUGCCCCCACCCCGGCCCAGAGCCAGGAUCACCCCUCCCUGAACCCGCUGACCCCCACCGUGUCCCCCGUCAACAGCUCUCUGGACUCGGGCAUCAACGCCAGCUUCAUCCAUGAACCUGAGGAACCAGAGGCAGACCAGCACCAGCACUUCCAGGUCCACCACACCAGCUGCUCCUCGGCCAACUCUGACUGCGAGACAGACGGCUAUCUCAGCUCCUCUGGCCUCCAGGAUCCCCUGGAGAUAGCUCACCAGUCCAUCCCAGCCCUCCGCUUCCCCUCGAGUAUUGCAGUAUUGGGUAAUAUGGAGCAUGGCCAUUCUGGAGGACACUCUACCAGCGACUUCAACUCACCUGUGGACAGCUACACCUCCGACGUGACCUCGGGUUUGAGUGAUGGCUACGAGGGCCUAUCAGAGAGGAGGGGCAAGACUGCUGCCAGGCGCACAGCUGGCAAGCUGUUCCGGAGGAGAGCCCGUUCAAGACUGCGCAUCACUGGGCUCUCUGACAAAGAUGACCGGGUGGUGGAGUGUCAGCUGCAAACUCACAAUGACAAGAUGGUUACCUUCAAAUUCGACCUGGAUGGAGACAACCCAGAGGACAUCGCAGCUGUCAUGGUACACAAUGAGUUCAUCCUGCCAUCGGAGAAGGAGGGUUUCAUCCACCGCAUGGGUGACAUCAUCAAGAGGGCGGAGACUCUGAUGAAGGAGCACAUGGUCCACGUGGACGGCAGCCAUGGAGCGCCAUGCCCACAAUUCCACAACAGGGUCAACUCAUUGUAUGCAUCACAGCCUAAUCUUCACAGUCACAUUGUAGAGCGGACACACUCUGCCUCCUCUCUACCAGACUUCAGCAUGGCUGACCCCAGUGUAGGCGUGCAUGGUUCUCCCUUACGUCCCGCUGAUGGAGGAGACUUCUUCAGCCCAGCAGACGUGACUUUACCUGCAUGGAGACCUCUAUUACGCUCCCAGUCUUUCCACAACGCCCCAGGUUCUCCUCACUACCAGCAGCACCAUCCAGCCUCAAUGUUCUCCCACAAGCAGCACUACCACAUGCCCCCCUUCAUGGGCCACACACACUUCCCUUUCCCUUAUCCAGUGAACCCCGGCUCCCCAAAACCAUCCCAUUCUCCCCUCACACGGGUUGCCAGCAACCCCAUGUUCCCCUCCGUUUACUCCCCAACCUUCUCCGGGGGCCACCACUCUGAUGCCCCGAGCCCCUUAGAGUACAGCGGGGAGGGGAACCCUCUGUCUCCCUCUACUCACCCCCAGCACUCCGACAUGUGGCCUUCCCACACACAGCCCCUCUUCUCCUUGGCCAAUGUGAUCUCCAUGGCGAUGAGCAUGGCCCACUCCUUCAUCCCUGCCAACAGCCUGGCCAACCAAGGGAUGCCCUCCAUAGCAGGCUUCCACCCCCAGCUAACCCACCCCCAGUCUGGCUACCCAUCCAUCUACUCCCCCCACUACCAGACAGCUCCAGUGGAGGUCCCCCACCCUCAGGGUGGGAUGCCUGGUCAAGGAAAACAGCACAGUGUCUACCAGGGCGCAGACACUCCACCACAGAUGCAGAGGGAUGGGUCUGGGUCUGUGUACUCUCAAAACAGACAACCCAGCUGGCAGCAUAACCACAUAUCUCCCUCUAUGAUGGGCUACAACACCCCUCCAAGGAACCCACAGGGGAUGUCACUGCAAACAGUGUCUUCCAAAUGCCUAAGCCAUUUACAGAAUAGUUCCCAAGGAUCCUACAUGGUUCCUCAGGACCAGUCUGAUGUGUCCAGCUCUGCGUCGGGGUCUGACGUGUCCCCCUCGGCCCCAGACAGCCCGGAGAGCACAUUAUCAUCGUUCAGUUCAACCACACCAAUGUCCAGACCAAUGGUGCCUGAGAUGAAUGCCAGUGCUCCCAAGCCCAGAGUAUCUCCCAGUUACACAGAUCCUCCACCUGCUGUUGUCACAGUGGGCCGUUUUCAGGUCUCCCCUAGCAUGGAGAUCCCUGUGAUUGCUGAACCAGGUGGACAGGGCUCUAACCCCGCCAGGCCCAUGUCAGUGGGCAGCACCACCACCUCCAAGAGCAGCACAGAGGAGCAGGAGCAGUGGGAGACAGAGACCAGCCUGAACACCUCCCUCACUCCCCACCCCCCACACCUCACUAUGGGGGAGGCCCGGGAGGUCCAAGUAGAGUGGGCCGGGACCAAGGAGCAGCAGCAGCAGGAGGAGGAAGAACAGGAAGAUGAAGAGGAAGAAGAUGAGGAGCAGGAGGAGGAGAAGGAAGAAGAUGAGGAGGAGCAGGAGGAAAAGGAAGAGCAGCAGACAGUGAGGAGGAGGAGGAGGAAGAGAAUGUGCAGCCUCAGUCUGAUGGGUAUGUCUGCAGACAGCGGCCUGUCCGUUAUAACGGUGGAAUCAGAGGGGCGUGGCCUGUGGGAUGGAGGGGCAGGGAGCCCCACCUACACCUCCGCUCUAAACCACAUGUGGCUGAGCUACAGCCGUAACUUCACAUACCUGAGCAGUGAUGACUCAGAGAGCGAGGACAUGUGGGAGGAGUUACUGGAGAUGAGGGAGAAACACUUGGCAGAGGUGCAGAGUCUCCAGGCCACCCAGAAGAGGGAGAUUGAAGAGCUGUAUGAGAGGAUGGGGAAGGUUCCCCCUAUGGGGAUAGUCUGUCCUGCCGCCAUGCUGUCAAGUCGCCAGCGCCGCCUCUCUAAGGAAAGGAGUUACCUCUCCUCCUCCCGCAGAAACAGCCUGCAGCGCCUGGACAUGCUCCCCCUCCAAGGUGUCAUCAGGAGGAAGUCUCUGGGUGGCAGCAGCAGUAGCAGCUCUCUGGAGAAGCCCUCUAAAGGGGUGACUUUUGCAUCUGACAUCAGUAGAAUGGUGGGUUUAAACAUUGUCCUUACAGGGUCCGAAUACUUCUACUUGCGUUCUAAAUAG